AUGGAAGAUAUCAAGCCUACUGGCCCGGUGAGCGCGUCGUCGGCGCAUGCGACCAGCGAUGCGAUUGCGAUUCAGCAUGCCCGUCCAACCGUUGCAGAUUUACAUGGCGAGAACCACUUUGCGCAGGUGGCAAGGAAGCACUGGCUGGGUGCAAAGAAGCCGCCCAAAGUACGGCCCGAGGUGGUGAAGAAAGAGCUGUGGGACGAGCUGGAGAAUGGCGAGUUUGCGUACUCGUCGCUACUCAUGCUGGAGAAUCUACAGUUGCUGGAGAGGUACCUAUGGCCAGGGUUUACAGAGGAUGCGUCAAACUACCACCAUUUGCUUCUGGCGCUCAUGGUCAAUGUCAAGAGGAGAGAGGGCUUGGCUUGCUGGGAACACUUUGCAAGCAAACCUGCCGAAUUCUCGUCCUUCUUUCGUCGCAUCCUGUCCAUGACGGUAGACCCUUCACAGCCAAGCAAGAUCCGAACACAGCUCAUCUCCUUCGUCAUUGGCGCCUUCCAGUCACUAGACAGCGGUCUCGUACGCAAAGAAUGCGCGCCACUGGUGGGCAUAUCGAUAUGGCAGAACCUCCACUCGGAAGCUGUGCGGGAGAAGCAGUUCGAGGAACACCAGAUGUUGCGCAAGGCGUGGAGAGCCACGUCAAAACGCUUCGAUGCUGGAGAUGAUGCGCUGAAGGCGAAGCUGCGGUUUGAGCGCUCAUGGCUGUAUACACUGCUGCUGGACUUUAUCGACCGCCUAUACAACAGCAACACCAAGCAAGAAAUGACAGACAAUCUGGCCUAUUGCGAGCGCUUCAUGGAGCUGUUGACAGAUUUACAGAGCCAGCUGCCUACGAGAAGGUAUGUCAAUGCGCUGUUACGGGACUUGAGCUUGUUGCCUGCGAUUUGUCUGUCACCCAUGUACACGGACGAAGACAAUGGUCUCUUCCGCGAUCUGCAUGAUUUAUUGAACCACUACACAAACUUCCCCAUCGAGGACCAGACUGGAAGGCAAUACACCAAGUUGGAAUACGACCAGCAGCAUUAUGACACGUUGGCAAGACUACAACGGAUAGGCUAUGCGACGUAUCAAGAAAAACUGCAGUUGAUGGCACUUGCCAACUAUGGGAGCAUUGGAAACAGGGAAGAGUUGGAUGGCCAUCUGCGAGCACUGAACGACACCGAGCUUGUGGAGCUGUGCUCGCUCAUGGGUCUUCGAACCGAGUAUCCAAGCUCGACUUACCUUGUGCGAGACCGCGCAUUCUACAUGGAGGCUCUCAUCGCGCUGGUCGAACGAAGGCCAAUGUUCAAAGACAUUGUACGUGACAUGCCCGCGUUACCGACAGAAAAGAUUCUGUACGAGGAGACAUUCCUGCGAAAUGAGUCUUACAACGGCUCAAGACCGCUGGCUAUACCAAAACUCAACCUCCAGUACCUGACCAUGGGCGACUUCUUAUGGAGAUCUUUCAUCUUGUACCGGGCUGAAGCUUUCUAUGGGAUUCGAAAGGACAUGGAGGAUGUCGUCAAGCGUAUGAAGCCGCAAGGCAAGGGUGCCAAUGUGAGAUUUGGGGGUGUUUCCAAGAUGGCGCUUCAGAUCAUGAGACCCGCAGUAGUUGAUGUGGCCCCUUCAAAAGUGGGCGAAGACCAUCCAGCCUAUGUUCGAGCAGAAAUUAUGCUCGAUGUUAGCCGUCUUCAGUUUCCAGUACGAAGAGAGUGGGAGCAGCUUAGGCCCGAUGAUGUCGUGUUCCUGCUUGCAGUCGAGGGCAACGAGGAUGUGCCCAUGCGGAACGGGAGUCACCAUGAACCCAACGCCGGAGAACAACUUGGACUACACAGCUUGAGAUGUGCUCGGGUGAUUCAAAUCCAAGACGAGAACGGGCGACCACUUCGCGAUCAGACACGCAACAAUGAUGGCUUUGGGCCCCGCGUACGUCAACGACGGCUCAUCGUCAACAUCGACGCAAAGCAAUACAAGACCGACAUGGUUCGAACUGCCGAAGGUCGCCCCAACAUCUACGAGCACAUCAACCUUGUCGUCCGCCGGAAGGGCCGGGAAAACAACUUCCUGCCGAUCCUGGAGUCCAUCAGACGACUCACCCUUUCGGACAUACCUGCACCCUCAUGGCAGCAAGAGGUCUUUCUCGGAUAUGGCGACCCUGCCUCUGCAACCUACAAGCGCCUUCCCAAUCGACUGAACUCGAUCGACUUCCGUGAUACCUUUUUGAACUGGGAGCACCUGAUCGAAUCCCUACCUGGCAAAUCCAUUGAACCCCUGGACGAUGCACAAGCACCUUUUGGUCCUCCAUACGUGCUGCAUUACCCUGCAGCUGCUGAGCCAGAGAUUGCUCCUGCAAAGCCGUCGAAGAAGCGGCGUCGUGAUCAAGUCGAGGUGGCACAACCUCUGCAUGAAGUGCUGCAAGUGUCUACCUACAAGCCCCCGAACAUGGGACCCUACCCUGCCGACGCACCCAAGGUGAAUGCAGUCAGAUUCACCCCAGCUCAGGUCGAGGCCAUUACAUCUGGAACCCAGCCUGGUUUGACGGUCGUGCUCGGGCCUCCGGGUACCGGAAAGACGGACGUGGCGACCCAGAUUAUAUCCAAUAUAUACCACAACUUUCCGGAUCAGCGGACGUUGCUUGUGGCGCACAGCAACCAGGCGCUGAAUCAGCUGUUCCAGAAGAUUGUGGCGCUGGAUAUCGAUGAGCGCCACCUCCUCCGUCUGGGUCAUGGUGAAGAGGACCUCGAAACAGAUGCGAGUUACAGUAAGCAUGGCAGAGUGGAGUCGUUUCUCGAAAGAGGAAACUACUAUCUGUCUGAAGUGGAUCGUCUUGCGAAGAACUUUGGUGCACCAGGUGCUCAUGGUAGUUCCUGCGAGACAGCCGACUACUUCAACCUCGUCUACGUGAAGCCCGCAUGGGCACAGUACUGGGAAAGCGUGACCUCUCCAGACACCAGCGUCGACCAAAUCAUCUCUGAAUUCCCCUUUCACGACUACUUUUCCACGGCCCCGCAGCCCCUCUUCCCACAAGCCGCAGACCGCGAGCAGAUUCUCGAAAUCGCACAGGGCUGCUACCGCCAUGUGGAGAAGAUCUUCACCGAGCUCGAGGACAUCCGGCCGUUUGAAAUCCUGCGCAACCCUAGGGACAAGGCAAACUACCUGCUCAUCAAGGAAGCCCGUAUUAUCGCCAUGACAUCGACACACGCCGCCAUGCGCAGACAAGAAAUCGCAUCCCUGGGCUUCCACUACGACAACCUUAUUAUGGAAGAAGCAGCCCAGAUCACCGAAAUCGAAACCUUUAUCCCGCUCGCCCUGCAAAACCCACAAAACGGCCAGUUGCCCCUCCAACGCAUCGUUCUCUGUGGCGACCACCUGCAAAACGCGCCUGUGAUCCAAAACCUCGCAUUCAGACAGUACGCCAACCUCGAACAGAGUUUAUUCCAACGCCUCGUACGUCUCGGCGUCCCAACCAUCCUGCUAGACCAGCAAGGUCGAGCCCGCCCCUCGCUCGCUCAACUCUACAAGUGGCGCUACCCCUCGCUCUCAAACCUGCCUCCCACGUUAUCCAACCCGGAAUUCCAACUCGCAAACCCGGGCCUCAAGUACGACUACCAGUUCAUUGAUGUGCAGGACUACAAGGGCAAGGGCGAGGAGCAGCCCACGCCACACUGGAUUGUCAAUCUUGGCGAGGCAGAGUACGCAGUCAGCUUAUUCCAGUACAUGAGGCUGCUGGGUUAUCCCGCGGCCAAGAUCAGUAUCCUGACAACGUAUGCCGGGCAGAAGAGCCUAAUCAACGACGUGUUGGGGGUGCGGUGUAGUAAGAAUCCGCUGUUUGGGCGGCCGAGGAUAGUGGCGACUGUGGACAAGUACCAGGGCGAGCAAAACGAUUACAUCAUCCUCUCCCUCGUCCGCACCCGCUCCAUCGGCUACCUCCGCUCCCUCCGCCGCCUCACCGUCGCCCUAUCCCGCGCCCGCCUCGGCCUAUACAUCCUCGGCCGCCGCACCGUCUUCGAAGCCGCCUUCGAGCUCAAACCCGCCUUCGACAUCCUACUACAGCGUCCAGACCAAUUGGCGCUCGUCCAAGGCGAAAUGUGGGGCUCUUGCCAGAGGAAAAUCGUCACUGCCGAGGUCGACGAAUCUGCAUCUGCAUCUGCAACUGCAACUGCCGAGCAUCAAUCCAACGCCAUUGAUACCGCAGAUGCCACACCCACUCCUCAGCUCGAGGAAAGUAUCAUGCAGGGCGUCGAGCACUUGGGCCAAUAUGUGUAUGAAAUUACAAAGGCGAAAAUUAACGCGUUGAAGCUGGCGGAGGCCCGGCCUGCGGAAAUCGAGAUGCUGGAUGUGCGGGCCGACGCUGGUGCGCCGGUUGGAGGGGAGUUGGAGGAUGAGGACGAUGACGAUGAUAGGCCGGAGAAUGUACUCCUUCCUGAUGCGCAGGGUAGAUUGUUGGAGGGAGAGGAAGGGGGAGGAGUAGUGUAG